ACAUCCACACAAACACACACACACACAUAAGGUGGGAGUUGAGAGAGAAAGAGACAGUAGCCUGUGAAAUAAGGAGCAUCUCAAUAGCUAAAAGGUAUGGUCUCCGUUAAGGCAUCAUCCAGUGAGACCUGCUCACUGGAGAAGCAUCUAACAUGCUCCAUCUGCAUGGAUACAUUUGAAGAUCCUGUCACUACAGCUUGUGGCCACUCCUUCUGCAAGAAAUGUCUGAACUUCAACUUUGAGUACAAUGACAGGGUGUGCCCCCUAUGCAAGAAGCCUCAAAUCAGAAUCCCAGAUGUGAACAUCAUCCUAAGAGACAUUGCCCAACAUCAAAAGGUGGAAAAGACUCCAGGGGAAAACGAUGAUACGUACACUGGAAAGGACGGCGAAGUGGCCUGUGACAUUUGCACAGAGAAAAAGCUGAAGGCUAAGAAGUCCUGCCUCAUGUGUCUUGCCUCGUAUUGUUCGACCCACCUGGGGAAUCAUUCUUCAACUGAAAGGCUGAAGGGCCACAAGUUAGUGGCACCUGUGAAGAACUUGGAUGACAGGGCCUGUCUGAAGCAUGGACGCCCCUUAGAGCUGUACAGCGGGAAGCAGCAGAGAUGCAUUUGUGUUCUCUGCCUCGAAGAAGGCCUGGAGGAGGUCGUCUCUACUGAAGACGAAUGGGAGAAGAAGAAGGGUAAACUUGAAAACGCCAAGAAAGAGUUAGAAGCAAAAAUCAAGAAGAGAGAAACACAAUUGGAUGAGAUUAAUACAUCUCUAAAGAGCUGCAAGGACCAGCUGGAGAAUGAUUGGUGCGAUAUUGAGGCUGUGUUCACGGCUGUGAUUGCCAUUGUGGAGGAGGCCCAGGCAAAAGCUUUGCAGCCACUGAAGGACAGGAGGCAGGUUAUCGAGAAAGAGGCAAAAGACCUCAAAAAGGAUCUGGAAGCAGAGAUCAGCCGCUUCAAGACGACCAUUUCUGAGCUGGAUGAUAUAUCUACACUUGAGGAUCACAUCCAUUUCCUUCAGAGUUACCCAACUCUUCAAGACCUGGAUGACAUCAAAGACUGGGCAGAGGUAGAGUUCAACACAUCUCUGUCAUUUGGGACCAUGAGAAAAACCACAGCAAUUAUGAUGGAACAAAUUCAACAAGAGCUGGAGAAGCUAACCUCCACGGAACUUAAGAGAGUUCCAAAGUUUGCAGUGGACGUAAAGCUGGAUCCAACCACCGCGCACCAACGCCUUGUUCUUUCUGAUGAUGGGAAGGAAGUGAAAGAUGGAGGGGACGAUCAGGAAGUCGAUGAUGAACCGGAGAGGUUUGACAUGUUUGGCAGCAUCCUGGGGAUCAACAGCUUGACCUCUGGGAAGUCGUACUGGGAGGUGGAGGUUAGCAACAAGUCCGGGUGGGACCUGGGUGUGGCAAGAGGUGAUGCGAAACGCAAGGGAAAACUCUCCCUGAACCCAGACAACGGCUACUGGGUGACUGUGCAUUAUGAGGAUCAAAAGUACGCAGCUCUGACAGAGCCACCGGUUUGUCUUUCCCUGAAAAAGAAACCUGAAAAGGUGGGAGUGUUUGUGGAUUACGAGGAAGGUCUUCUUUCUUUCUACAAUGUGACGGCUCAGUCUCACAUCUUCACUUUUACUGAGUGUUGGUUCAGUGAUGAGCUUUUCCCAUAUUUCAGUCCACAUUUAAAACAAGAUGAUAAAAAUGGUGACCCUUUGAUUAUUUCUGCUGUGAAACUAUGUGAACAGGACAUGGAUGACAAAAGACAUCCGGGUUGCAUCCUAUCCAUUGUCACACGGUGCGUGUCAGAAAAACGGGCAGGGCGGCAGCGCGGAGGCGUUCGCGCCAGAGCCGGACGGGCCGGAGCGGCCGCACCGCAUUUCCCGCAGCGGAAGCUUUCUUUAGAUCGAGCCGGUGUCGCGGUGGGGAGCUGGUAUUCACCCGUCCCGAGGCCGACGUCGCCCGCUGUCUCUGAUUGGUUGAAAAUACUUAACACGUCCGACAUGAGCCUCCAGGUUUGCAACUGUGGCUGGUCCAAAGUGACGACCUACCACGGCCUGAGAACUCACCAGGGGAAGAUGGGGUGCACGCCAAAUAAAAUGAGGAUCCCUGAGAGCGAACAGUUCAGAAUGAACAUGUACCUUCCUCAACUUACCUACAUGGGACCUCCAAUCAAACUAGAAGAGCCUAUGAUGGAUAUCUUCACCAAUUCUGACUCCUCUUCAGACGUGAGCCUCCAGGUCUGCCAUUGUGGCUGGUCCGAAUUUACGUCUAAGCAGGGCCUGAGAAUUCACCAGAAGGGAUGCGCACCGAAGGGAAUGAGCGUAUGGGAGAGUGAAGAGUACAUCUGGAGGAAAUCGCAGCAAAAGGACGGCAGACCAGUUCAAAGUACUCCAGUCAUGAAGGAGAAUGUGCCUGCGUCUCCAAACCUCUUCACCCAAAUGAACCCUGCAGCCACAGAAGCUUCAGUAAUAGAGAUGAUCAAAUCAUUGGUUGAAAAUCAGCAUCAGUCUCUACAAAUGGCUGCAAACUUGGACAGGACUCAUCGAGCGCUUGAUUUCAUCACUGGAUCACAGGUGUCACAGGCCUUCAACGCCCUAAUGCAUCCUGCAGCUGCAGACGUUAGAGUGAAGGAGACAAACAAAGCAUUCUUUGAGACUCCUCAGCGCGCUCAUCAAACCGCCCCCGGCUCGGACAGAGCCCGUCGAGCGCUCGAUUUCUCCACUGGUGCACAGCGGGCACAGGGGACGCUUGACUCGUUUGAAUGGCAUGCCGGGGAGCAAAUCCAGGUUCAUCCUGCAAACCGCCUUAUGGAGCAAGCGGUGUGGGGGCCCCGGGCAACCACAGCUCAGGAAACAGCAGUCUGUCCAAAGGAGAAAGAGAGGGAGGAAAAAAAGGAGGACGUGAGGGAGGAAGAAAGGGAAAAAGAGAGGGAGGCUCAAAAAUUACUACAGGCUAGGCAAGACCGAAGGAGGGCUGAGUUACAGCAGAAAAUUCAAAUCAGGGAGCACAAGGUGGCCGAGGUCAGAUUAUCUGCAAAAGGCUGCAAGAGAAGCUUGGAUGAGGAGUGGCUGGAGAUCAGCAACGUGUUCUCCGAGGUGGUGAAAGUUGUGGAGGAUGCUUGGCAGAAAGCCCUUCAACCUCUGGACGAGAGGAGACGGAAAGUAAAGAGAGAGGCAAAAGAUCUGGUCCAGAAGCUGGAAGGAGAAAUCGAUAAACUCAAAAAGACCAUGGAUGAGUUGGACAAAAACCCAGACUUGCAGGUCUCACUGGAUGAUUCUAGAGAGUGGAAAAAUGUAAGUGUUGACACUUCAUUCUCCUUUGGUACCCUGAGAGCCACAACUUCAGUCAUGAUGGAACAAAUUCACCUGACACUUGAAAAACUCUCCUCUGUUGAACUGAGCAGAAUUCCCGCAUUUGCAGUGGAUGUAAAGCUGGACCCAUCUACUGCGCAUCAGUGCCUUGUUCUUUCUGAUGAUGGGAAGAAAGUGAGAGACGGAGGAAAGAACCAGAAAGUUCCUGACACUCCCGAAAGGUUUGACAUGUUUGGCAGCGUCCUGGGGCGCAACAGCCUGACCUCUGGGAAGUCAUACUGGGAGGUGGAGGUUAGCAACAAGCACGGUUGGGACCUGGGUGUGGCAAGAGGUGACGCGAACCGCAAGGGAAAACUCUCGAUGAACCCCGACAACGGCUACUGGGUGACUGUGCAUUAUGAAGGCAAACUGUACGCAGCCCUGACAGCUCCACCUGCCAGCCUUCCCCUGAAAGAGAAACCUGAGAAGGUGGGAGUGUUUGUGGAUUACGAGGAAGGUCUUGUGUCCUUCUAUGAUGUGACGGCUCAGUCUCACAUCCACUCGUUCACAGAGUGUUCGUUCAGCGGUGAGAUCUUCCCGUAUUUCAGUCCACAUCUUCAACAAAAUGGGAAAAACUCAGAUCCUCUGGUUAUCUCUGCUGUGCAAAAGGCAGUAGUGGUCAUGUGAAGUGGGGUUUUCCUGGUCUACUGUUAGAGCAGUGUGUAGCGAUAUAUUCUAGCAUGAUGUUUCAUGAUGUGCCACAGGAUGCAUCUUGGAUCUGAAGAUUACAGAUUGUAUUUAGUUUUAUGUAGGGAAUGAUGAAUGUAUGAGAGCAUCUUCAUCUAAGCCACGUUACAUAAAGUUGUUGGACACUUUUCAUUCAUUUCUUUUUUUGAUCCAUGUUUAUCAAAACCCCCACAUCUCACUAACAUGUUCAUCAAAUGAGGAAGAGGUGACGUUAUAAGUGCAUUGUAUACAGUCAGGUGCAUAAGUGACAUAAUUUUUGUAAUUUUGCCUCUGUACACCACCACAAUGGAUUUGAAACAAAGCCGUCAAUAUGUGUU